CAGGACACUUCUGAGCCGGCCUGGCCGGCGAUGGUCGAUGUCCACUCGGUGCACACACACGGUCCUACUUCCGGGCCUUCGUUAUAGCCGCCGUCUCCUUGGAGACGCUCCGGUAUUUCUGGUUCUUUUUCUCUUGACUUCUUCUGUAUUCUUCCAGAGUGGACACCGAAGAGAUGCCUUCCUCGAAGUCUUCGAUGCAGCAUCCGGUUUGGGAUGCGUGGCUGCCUAGGCAGGCCCUCCUGCAGCCCAGCAUCGAGCACAACGACGCCGAGAUCGAAGACCUGGACUCGGCCAAGACGGACGAAAAUCCCCUCAUCUACUUCCCGACGCCUACCAGUCCCCCUUUCGCGGACGGGGAAGGGAUGGAUUUCGAUAUGGACUUUGACGCUGGAAUCGAGGACGCCAAACACCCACCUCCAAUUGUGAGGAGCGUCAGCCCAUCGAGCCUCGCCGGCCUCAGUCGGCCGCCUCCGCGACCGCCCACGCCGCCGAGGUCGCCUGCAACUCCUGACCUGGAGUACGACCUAUCUGCAACCCCGGACGACCACGAAGAAUACGAUUAUAUGGACUCUUCCUCGCCGCCCAGGCACGCAGAUACGUUGAGCCUGUCCCGUCGUCUCAAGGACAAGUUCAGGGGCCACACCAAGCACGAGGCCGGCAGCCCAGACAGUCUGGCGCCCCCGGCACCGCCGCACUCCCCGCGCGGCCGCGCCGUGAGCCGGUCGGGCCCGAAGCCUAUCGCUGCGUCUACCGGGGCCGGUAGUAGUACUCGGGCAAGGCGAGCCAGGAAUACGCCGUCGCGUCUUUCACCGCAUGCCUGGCGAGAGCCGAGCCCCGACGUCUGGGCCAUCGAGGAGCAACCGGAGGAGGAAGAGUUGAGCAGCGAGAUGGGAAGCAGCAGCUUUAUGGAGGAUGGAACGGAGGCGAUGAGGACGGUAGACAUCCCGGCUGCAAAGCCAAAGAAGAAGGUUCGGUUCGUGCUGCCUGCCAUGGAGGAUGACAGGGGCGCGCUCUAGAUUGGGCAUACGUGGUUUGGGUGGGUCAAAUCUGCAUUGUGCUUCGCAUAACAUGGCGUUGGGUGGGUGGAUGGUGCGGUCUUGCGUUCCUUCUUCCGAAGAGGCUGCUUGAUUUGAACUUGCAUCUUUAA